AGGACCAUGGAAAUGCACAUGUGGAUCCUCUUCUGCAUAUUUGCAAUGACUUAUAUUACAGACACAACUGCUGUUCAAGAAUAUGAAAAUGUGGCUUUAAGAGGAGUAGCUACACAGGCUUCGCUGUAUGGGCAUGCCACUGCACCUAGAGCCAUCGAUGGAAAUAGAGAAAGUAAUUUCCAUCUUGGAUCGUGUUCCAGCACUGAUUCUGUCCUCAGUCCUUGGUGGAGACUGGACCUACUCCAAAAAUACAUAAUACAAACAGUGUCAAUUACAAACAGGGGAGAUGAUGCUCCUGAAAGGAUAAAUGGGGCUGAAAUCAGAUUUGGAAGCAAUCUGGGGAACAAUGGCAAUAGUAAUGCCAGAUGUGCUGUGAUCAAUUCCAUUCCUGCUGGUGCUACCAGCUCCUUUAACUGUAGUGGGUGGAUGGGACGCUAUGUCAAUGUAGUAAUACCUGGACGAGUUGAAUAUCUUACACUUUGUGAGGUUGAGGUGUAUGGAUCACCGGUUUGAAAAACACCUUGAAAAGUCUUGAAAGCUGUUAAUAUUCAUUACCCAACAACAGAUUUAGUUGAUCCUUAACAAGGAAACUUGACAGACCAUAUGAAACAAUUAAACAACUUAACAAUAUGGCAUCCACUAUAUGCAAAAAAUAAAAUCCCUGAUUUUCCAUUUUGCGUCUGACCCUUUACUGAGUGUACAAAAUGAAUGAUCCAGGAACAUCUUGAAAAAUGUUAAAAUAAUGUAAUGAUCUAAUUACAAAGAAAAGUAGCAUAAAGGUUGUAGAUAAACAAGAUAUGAUAAAAAUUAAUAAAGUUGGAAUUGUUAGGACGACAAAUUGUUAUUCUAAAUAAGCUACUGUCUUGACAAAAGCCAUUAUUUUAUUAUGUAAUUUUAUUUAUUUAUUAUAACCUGGAUCUCACAAAACACCUGCUGUUUUUGGCUUUUAAGUUUUCCAGUAUUUCAGAUCAGAUCAGAUUGAUCAUUUAAAGUCUUAUAGAACUUCAGAAGCAUUAACUUUAGGUUUUGGUUAUCAUCUGAAAUCUUAACUAGAUUAGU